GACGCGAACCUCUCCACAAACGAAAUGAUCAUGAAGUUCGCCCUACUGCUGGGCUACACCGCGGCCGCCCUCGGGAUGUCCAUGCCGACCAAGGAUGCGCUGCCGGCGCGCGCAACGACGUUUGCCUCGCUCGACCUUCCCGAGCACGACGCCUUCAAGCCAACGAUUAACGAAUGCGGCAGCUCGUCGAGGAUCCCGGUCAUUUGGGAGACCGACGCGCACGUCGACGACGUCACGGUGGCCAUACUGCUAGCAAAGAGCGAGAAGUACAAACUCGACACGAUGAUCAUCAGCGGGACUGGGGACGCCACCAACAGUCUGAUUGGCGGCAACAACUUCCUUCGCCUCCUCUCGCUGCUCGGAAUGCACGACGUCAAGGUGGGCCUUUCGAAACCCGAACCAACCAAGGAGUACACUCCCUUGAGCCGCGCCGCAGACAUGCUGGCAGGAGUGAUUGAGGACCUGCCUUACUAUCCGAUGCACGUGAAUGAACUGAACGGGUCAGCAAACUACGGCGUCGACGCGUACGACUUGAGCAAGCGAGUCCCGGAGUGCACCCCGGCCACUUGCAAAGGCCCAAUCGACGCAACGUGGAUAACGCGGCCAACGUCAACAAAGUACUACAAGGAGGCGCUCGACCGUGGCGUGACGACUGUCUUUGUGACUGGAACCCUGUCGGCCUUGAACGACGUGCUGCACAGCGAUGCGAACAACAUCAUAAACCUAACCAAGGGACCAACGGUCCACGGACAGAGCUACUUGAACAAUAUCACGAAUAUGACCAUGAUGAUGGGAAACUACUGGAAGCAAAUCUAUUCUCCUAUCCAACACCCGGAGGUGUAUCAGGCGGCGAGCAAGGAUUGCGAGGCCAGCUGCACCUUCGAUUGGGAAACCGGAGGUUGGAUGGCUGACUGCGACGGUCCGCCGAUCUGCGAUUACACGCCCCCCGAAGGUAACGCGCACGCGUUCACAAACUUCAGCGCAACCAAGAAUGUGCUUGGCGCGCUGCGCCACCCUGACAUUGUCAUCAAGACCGCUCCGUGGUCAACCACAAACUGGGUUGGCAACUGCCCCGACAAAGACUACCUCGAAGAGAUGAAUAUGCAGAUGAACAAAGAGGUUGGGACGAAAGAGAGCCAGCUCGUGCUCGACAUGAUGAAUAACUUGGUGAACGACGCCACACAGUACAAUUGGGGUGGCUUUCUUACCGGCGGAUACUGCUUCUACGACCAGCUCGGAUAUUACACUCUCGUCGAACCCGACGCUUUCACGUGGAAGACCGAGGACGUUUACGUCCAGCCCGACGCAACAUUCCUUCCCGCGAACAUGGAAGAAGGCCCCGACAAGAAGUACACUGCCACGAUCCAAUUCGCGACUAUCACUAACACUUCCGCGUAUCACUUCCGCGACGAGUUCAUGCCCGGCGAACUCACCAAGCGCUGCAUCCAUCACCAGCCUCCUUCCUUCAAAGAGCUCCAGCAAUUCUACGAUUUCGAGAAGUACGGCCGUACCUGCCACGGCGACGACGACAACUAGGCGACCGCCGACUGAGGGUGCCGAAAAAUGCCUUCAGUGGCCACACCCUCCGCCUCAUCCUGGUGCCAAACCCUAGACCGGUGAAAGUCCGGCGCAAGCGCAGGUAAACGAGUGCGCGGCCCAGGCUACUAGAUCCAUGACGUGGAACGCCACGGUCCUGUGCUCAUUACCAGGAUGGCAUGUGCGCGCUCGGCGAUUGACGUGGAUGGGGGGUUCGGCGCGGGAUCGGGAGCUUCGCUCCCGGGUUCGCGUCCAACCAAUGAGUCUGGUUAGGGGGGGCGGGGGGUUCGGCGCGGGAUCGGGAGCUUCGCUUCCGGGUUCGCGUCCAACCAAUGGUGCUGCUUCUCGCUCGUGCGUCCUUGGAAGUUGUGCUCGCCUCCUGCCACACGUCGCCGCCUGUUUUUUGGGGUUUCUACGGUAUUUUGUGUUUUGUUUAAUUUGCCAAUUGGAAUUUGG